CGCAGAUCCACCGCUGCCACUCAACUGAAAGCAGAACUCCUGAGAACAUGUCUUACACCUGCAGCUCUGGAAACUACUCCUCACAGUCUUUUGGGGGUUUCUUGAGGCAGCCAGUCUCUACCUACAACUCCUUCUACCCCACCAGCAAUGUAGUCUAUUCUCCAAAGAACUUCCAGCUGGGCUCCGCUUUCUACAAUGGACAGCAGGAGACCUUCAAUGAGCCACUUGAAGGCCACUUGCCCUGUGUGGGGUCUGCAUCCUUCCACACAUCCUGUUUCCGGCCUAAGCAAUACUUCUCCAGCCCCUGCCAGGGAGGCUUUACCGGAUCUUUUGGAUAUGGCAAUUCUGGCUUUGGAGCUUUUGGGUUUGGAAGCUCUGGCAUUCGCUCUCAGGGCUGUGGAUCCAACUUCUACCGCCCAGGAUACUUUUCUUCUAAGAGUAUCCAGUCAUCUUACUACCAGCCAGGCUACAGCUCUGGCUUUUGCGGGUCAAAUUUCUGAGCAUCCCGGUUGUCUCGUGAAGGUUUCGCUACCUGAUGGAACGCAAAUGACUUCGCCAACAUUUAGGAUUGAUCAAUGAGCAUUUGUCUCCCCAGGACUCAGCAUCAUGAUACACCUGGAAGCAAAUUAUUUUUGGAGGAUGAAGUAACCUUGACCUUUAACCUACCUUUGACCUUUCAACUCUACUACAAGAGAGAGCUAGCAUUGUUACUAUUAUGUAAAUGCUCGGAUCACUUCUGGUACCAUCCAUCUUUCUAAAUUUCAUCUCUCAUUUCUUGAGGAUUUGUUCACUCACAUUUACUUUAAAUAAACUUAUGUCUGUAG